GCGUGCGGCAAUGGCGGGCGCUGACAGCCAGGUAAAUGCUGGGGAAGAAAAAAAGGCAGACUGUGGAAAGAAGAAGAUGAAGGAAGGGGCCGGCGAUGGAGGGCGGACGGAGCUGAAUCCAUGGCCUGAAUUUAUCAAUGAGCGUUUAGAGAUGUACAAUAAACUUAAAGCUGAACAUGAUGCACUCCUUGCAGAAAGAGCUGCAAGUGACAGUAAAUCCAUUAAAGUUACAUUACCCGAUGGCAAGCAGGUUGAUGCUGAAUCCUGGAAGACUACUCCUUAUCAAAUUGCUUGUGGAAUUAGUCAGGGCUUAGCUGACAACACUGUUAUUGCUAAAGUGAACAAGAUGGUUUGGGAUCUAGACCGUCCUUUGGAGGAGGAUUGUACCUUGGAGCUGCUGAAGUUUGAAGAUGAGGAGGCUCAAGCAGUAUACUGGCACUCAAGUGCUCACAUAAUGGGAGAAGCUAUGGAGCGAAUCUAUGGUGGCUGUUUGUGCUAUGGCCCACCAAUAGAAAAUGGAUUUUAUUAUGACAUGUUCCUUGAGGAAGGGGGUGUAUCAAGUAAUGACUUCUCUGCUUUGGAAACGUUAUGCAAAAAGAUAAUGAAGGAAAAACAAGCGUUUGAAAGACUGGAAGUGAAGAAGGAAACACUACUUGAAAUGUUUAAGUAUAAUAAAUUCAAGUGUCGCAUCCUGAAUGAGAAGGUCAAUACUCCAACUACAACAGUAUACAGGUGUGGUCCCUUAAUAGAUUUAUGCAGAGGGCCUCAUGUCAGACAUACUGGCAAGAUUAAGACCAUAAAAAUUCAUAAGAAUUCUUCUACCUAUUGGGAAGGCAAGGCUGAUAUGGAAUCCCUCCAGCGGAUCUAUGGAAUUUCAUUCCCAGAUGCAAAAAUGCUGAAGGAAUGGGAAAAAUUCCAGGAGGAGGCUAAAAGCAGAGAUCACAGAAAAAUUGGGCGGGACCAAGAACUGUUUUUCUUCCAUGAGCUCAGCCCUGGUAGCUGUUUUUUCUUGCCAAAAGGAGCUUACAUUUAUAACACAUUAAUUGAAUUCAUCCGGAGUGAGUAUCGAAAACGUGGAUUCCAGGAGGUUGUCACUCCAAAUGUUUUCAACAGCAAACUAUGGAUGACUUCAGGGCACUGGCAGCAUUACAGUGACAACAUGUUUUCCUUUGAAGUGGAGAAAGAAAUCUUUGCUCUGAAGCCUAUGAACUGUCCAGGACAUUGCCUUAUGUUUGAUCAUCGUCCAAGAUCAUGGCGUGAGCUGCCAUUACGGUUGGCUGAUUUUGGUGUUCUGCAUCGCAAUGAACUGUCAGGAGCUCUUACAGGACUCACUCGAGUACGCCGGUUCCAGCAAGACGAUGCUCACAUAUUCUGUGCUAUGGAGCAGAUUGAAGAGGAGAUAAAGAGUUGUCUGCAGUUCUUGCGUACUGUGUAUGAUGUCUUUGGAUUUUCCUUUAAACUGAAUCUCUCCACUCGUCCUGAAAAGUACCUGGGAGACAUCGAAGUGUGGAAUCAAGCUGAAAAGCAACUGGAAAACAGCCUCAAUGACUUUGGUGAGAAGUGGGAGUUAAACCCUGGUGAUGGAGCUUUCUAUGGACCUAAGAUUGACAUUCAGAUUAAAGAUGCCAUUGGCCGCUACCACCAAUGUGCUACAAUCCAGCUUGACUUCCAGCUGCCAGUCAGAUUUAACCUCACCUUUGUCAGCCAUGAUGGUAAUGACAAGACAAGACCAGUUAUCAUUCACCGGGCUAUCCUGGGAUCUGUGGAGAGAAUGAUCGCCAUUCUAACUGAAAACUAUGGAGGCAAAUGGCCGCUCUGGCUGUCCCCACAGCAGGUAAUGGUGGUACCAGUGGGACCAACGUGUGAUGAGUAUGCUCAAAAGGUCAGGCAGCACUUCCACAACGCUGGAUUAAUGGCAGAUGUUGAUGUAGAUCCUGGGUGCACACUGAACAAGAAGAUCAGAAAUGCCCAGCUUGCACAGUAUAACUUUAUUCUCGUUGUUGGCGAAAAGGAGAAGGCAAGUGGAACAGUUAACAUCCGCACCCGAGAUAACAAGGUGCAUGGUGAGCGUACAAUUGCAGACACUGUGGAGAGACUCCUGGAACUGAAAUGCUCUCGGUCCAGACAAGCUGAAGAGGAAUUUUAACACCAUUGGCUCUACCUGGCAUAAAAAAAGAUUCUAGUGUUCCUAAUUCAGUUAACCACAGAGUUUUUGUGCUGAACCAGAUUUGAAAUAUAUUUCACAUUGGACCUCUUACUCAUUUUAGCAGAGAUUUUUCUUCAGUCAGAAAUGUCUCUUUUUGUAAAAAAUGAAUUUUUCACAAACCUUGAAGUAAAAUUUCCUGGCCUCUGACCAAUGACAGAUGAAGCAAGAUGAAAUUACUUUCUGUGACUGCAAGGCAAAAUAAAAAUACUAAUCAGGGA